AGAACUAACAACAAACACAACCCAAACAGUGAAUUCGUCGAUCAAACACGAACACCAUCCAGCAGUCAUCGUCAACAACGACACCCACAACAACAAUCCCCCCCAGCACCUGAAAACAAUCGAACACCGCAACCAAACUACACACGCGCGCACCUAAAUACAUAUAUAUGUAUGUGUAUUGAAUUGGAGGAGUGAUUGGAACGACUGAGAGAUGGCGUUGCUACGCAAAUUCUUCUUCCGGAAGCCGCCGGAUGGGCUCCUUGAGAUCUGUGACCGAGUUUACGAGAAAAUGGAACCCAAUCUUUUUUCUAGUGAAAUGAACAGAGUGAAGCUUCUGGAGCAUAAAAUUCCUUUUUGUAAUUGUGCUUGUCCAUUGCUUAUAAAACAAGGCCAUCACUAUCGAUUGGAGUAUAUAUAUACAAUGUUUGACAGCUGCUUCACUUCCGAGGCUUGGAACAAAGAGAACUCUAAGGAAUAUAUAGGUGGGAUAGUCGACCAACUUCGGCAUCACUUGCCUGAUCCUUCAUUGUUGGUAUUCAAUUUUCGUGAGGGAGAAUCACAAAGUGAGAUUGCUAACAUUUUGGCUGAGUAUGAUAUGACCAUAAUGGACUACCCUCGGCAAUUUGAGGGUUGCCCGGUCUUAACAAUAGAGGUGAUCCACCAUUUUCUAAAGUCAAGUGAAAGUUGGCUCUCGCUUGGGCAACAGAAUGCGCUGUUGAUGCACUGUGAACGAGGUGGUUGGCCAGUUUUGGCUUUCAUGUUGGCUGCAUUAUUAAUCUAUUGGAAGCAGUACAGCGGGGAGCAGAAGACAUUAGACAUGGUUUACAGACAGGCUCCCAAUGAGAUUUUCCAUUUGCUGUCACCACUGAAUCCAAUGCCUUCUCAACUGAGGUAUCUACAGUAUGUCGCAAGGAGGAAUGUUGCCUCAGAAUGGCCACCGUUGGAUAGAGCGCUCACCUUGGACUGCGUCAUCCUCAGAUUCAUUCCAAAUUUUGAUGGACAGGGGGGUUGCCGUCCAAUGUUUCGGGUAUAUGGACAGGAUCCUUUUCUUGUUGCUAAUAAAAACCCCAAAGUUUUGUACUCCACUCCAAAAAGAAGCAAGACUGUCCGGGCUUACAAGCAGGCAGAAAGUGAACUAGCUAAAAUAGACAUUAAUUGCCAUAUUCAAGGUGAUGUUGUGGUUGAGUGUGUUAGCUUGAAUGAUGACAUGGAACGUGAAGAGAUGAUGUUCCGAGUCAUGUUUAACACAGCUUUUAUUAGGUCUAACAUAUUGAUCCUAAGCCGGGAUGAAAUUGACAUGAUGUGGAAUGCUAAGGAUCAAUUUCCAAAGGACUUCAGUGCAGAGAUUCUUUUCUCAGAGAUGGAUGCUGCUGCUUCUGUAGUUGCGGGUGAUAUCUCAUGCUUCGAGGAGGAGGGCCUUCCAGUGGAAGCAUUUGCAAAAGUUCAAGAGUUCUUUAGUUGUGUGGACUGGUUAGAUCCCAAGACUGAUGCAGCCCUAAAUGUGCUCCAACAGAUGAGUGCGUCAAAUAUCUUCCAUGAAAUUUUGGACAAUAGUUCUAAUGAGAGUGUGGAAACCAAUGCUUCAUUGCAAAAAACAAGCCCUGGCAAGCCUUGGCAGAAAAAGAAGCCUGCAGUUUUGGAAAAUAAGGCUAGGAGCUCCUUUUCUUCGUCCCUGGAGAUUCAGUCCAUUCCCUCACCUAAGCGAUCUUCAGGUAGUUAUCCGAGCAGAAAGGUGGCUGAGCCCCAUGAAACUCAGAUUGCGUUUGAACUACCCAGUCCAUCGGAUAUUGUGCAUCAAGGGAUGCCUCAAUCUUCUCAGUCAAUGACAGUCUCCGGUAAAUCUGUUAAAGAUGCACCUGUAGUCCAAACUCCUGGCAUAGAAUUUCAGUUGCAUGACCAUGCCUUAUCUGAAAGUAUGGAAGUCACUCAUCCAGUGGCUGCAUCUCCAGCCAUUCCAGAUCCAACCUUGGCAGUUUUAGGGGUACCUGAAUCUGCAGAUGCCAAGAGUAUUUCAAUUUCACCUGCAACACCUCCUCGUCCUCCUCCACCACGACCUCCGCCGCAGCCACCUCAUCAUCUUUCAGAACCUACAAAUUCUUCACUUACCAAUGAGAUUUAUUCCAGAGAUCAGUUGUCAAUGGUUAGCCCCCUGGCUGCACCUGGGACACCACCUCCAACACCACCUCCUCCUCCAACACCUUCUUUGAAGGAGAGUCUAGCUGUUAGAGCUGGGCCCCCUCCACCUCCACCUCCACCCCCUCCUCAUUCUGGGCAAACUGCAGGUCCUUUAAUCUCUUCCACUAAUUUGUCACUUACUUCUCCUUCAGCUCCUGUAGUUACUUCAUCAACUAGGCCUCCUCCAACUCCUCCACCACCUCCAACACCGCCUCCUCCCUCAAACCCUCCUUUGAAGGAGAAUCUAGCUGUUAGAGCUAGACAUCCUCCACCCCCACCCCCACCCCCUCAUUCUGGGCAGGUUGCAGGCCCUAGAGUUCCAUCUUCAGUGCCACCACCACCUCCAGGAUCGCUUUCUUUAGGUAGUAGUGGAAAUAGUUUGUCUGGGUCACCAUUUAGUUCUCCCAAUAGUGGAAAGGGGAGAAUUCUGUCACGUACAAUUAGUUCAAAGAAUCAUCAGAAUAAAAAACUGAAACCAUUGCAUUGGUUGAAAUUAACAAGAGCAAUGAGUGGAAGUCUAUGGGCCGAGGCACAAAAAUAUGGUGAAGCUGCCAAGGCUCCAGAGAUUGACAUGUCAGAGCUUGAGAAUCUUUUCUCAGCAGCACUACCAAUUUCAGAUCAUGGCAGGAAGUCUAUGCGUGGCUCAGUUGGACCUAAAUCAGAUAAAGUGCAACUGAUUGAUCACAGGCGGGCGUAUAACUGUGAAAUCAUGCUUUCAAAAGUGAAAGUGUCAUUGCAUGACUUAAUGAGUUCAGUGCUUGCCCUGGAAGAUUCAGCUUUAGAUGUGGAUCAGGUUGAGAAUCUUAUAAAGUUCUGUCCAACAAAAGAGGAGAUGGAACUACUUAAGGGCUACACAGGACAAAAGGAAAAGUUAGGAAAAUGUGAACAGUUCUUCUUAGAGUUAAUGCAAGUACCACGUGCAGAAUGUAAGCUCAGAGUUUUUUCAUUCAAGAUACAGUUCCAUUCCCAGGUUUCUGAUCUUGAAAAGAGCCUAAAUGUUGUGAACUCUUCAGCAGAAGAGAUCAGGAAUUCAGUCAAACUGAAGAGAAUCAUGCAGACAAUUCUCUCGUUAGGAAAUGCUUUGAACCAGGGAACUGCUAGGGGUUCUGCUAUUGGAUUUAGGUUGGAUAGCCUUCUUAAACUUAUUGAGACACGAGGAAGGAACAACAAGAUGACUCUCAUGCAUUAUCUUUGUAAGGUUCUUGCUGAUAAACUUCCAGAAGUUUUAGAUUUUUCCAAUGACCUCGCCAGCUUGGAGCCUGCAUCAAAGAUACAAUUGAAAUUUUUGGCAGAGGAAAUGCAGGCCAUAAGCAAAGGAUUGGAGAAAGUUAUUCAGGAACUAUCCACCUCUGAAAAUGAUGGUCCUGUAUCAGAAAAAUUCCGUAAGACUUCAAAGGAGUUCCUUCUUUUUGCUGAAGCUGAAGUGAGGUCUUUGGCUUCAUUGUAUUCUGGCGUGGGUAGAAAUGUGGAUGCGUUGAUCCUUUAUUUUGGAGAAGAUCCCUCUCGUUGCCCCUUUGAACAAGUUAUUUCAACUCUGCUCAACUUUAUGAGAAUGUUCAACAAAUCCCAUGAAGAGAACUGCAGGCAGCUUGAGCUUGAAAUGAAGAAAGCCGUUGAAAGUGAAAAGUUACAGAUGGGCGCUACACAUAAGGAGUCCAAACAGCUUUUGCAUACUCCAAUACACAGUGGCAAUGUUAAAUGAUUAGUGUGGAAAUGAAAUAAUCCCUUCUCGGGUGGAACCAAUAAAUGCUCCAGUUGACAAGAACAUUCAACAUUAGAUUUUAGAUUGGGCAAAAAAUAGUUCAGUCGUUGGGAGAAGCGUGUAAAUUGUCCGGUAGAUUGAAUCUGAAUCCAUGGCAUAGGGUCUAAGGAUGACACAAUAUGCUGCUGAUUGCUAGGUUGAAUCUGCUCACUGAGAGGGUCAGAGAUGGUGAAGUUUGCAUGAUUCUGUUCUUCGCUGGACAAACUGUAUAGAGAAUUCAUCGUUGUAAGUCAUUGCUUUAGGGACAGGGAAAAGUUUCUCUCCCUUCAAAUUUUCUUCUUACUACAUUUAGAUUUCCAUGCUUAGCUGGUUCCUUGAUUUGAAUAUUCUUUUGUAUGUUUUACCUCUAUUAUUUUGAUGUACAUUGAGCUUCAUUGUGUUGAGUCCCAGCAAAUGUAUCUUCCCUGUUGUUUAAGGGUGGAAAAUGUAUCCAGGUAGCAAUAAUCCAUUCGAAGGCAUUUUGUUGGCCA